AGGUACACCACUCAGUGGAAGAAAAGACAACCAUACUAUCAAAACCACGCACGCGCACACGCGCGCAGCGGCGUCGCGUGCGCACGCGCAGAUUGAGAAGGCGUGGCUCUGCGAUUGGCGAGCUGACUGAAUGAAGGGGAGAGAGGCACACAGCUAUGUACUGGUUCCGAGGCAAAAAGAGCCUCGAGGAGAGUUUCCCUCACCACAAUAUGGCCCUCAUCCUGCUAUUCCAACUGACAAUUACUUCUGCAUACUCACUGGCCUUACCAUCACUGUACAAGUUUAUUACAACCCCUGCUGAGCGUCCAGAGGAAGUUGCAUGCUCAGAGGGUGGCAAGUUCUGGCCUGGUCUAGGAGGGUCUGACUCUGACUAUGCCUGGGUAUUGGUGUCCUACAACCUUUUUGGAAUGGUGGCUGCGCCAGUCGCUGGGAUACUUCUUCACCGACUUCCAUUCACCAUCACAAUCAUCUCCUUUAGCAUCCUCCUGGUUACUGGCGGAAUAGUGUAUGCUCUGGCAAGGUCUGUGUGGAUGGCAUUUGUUGGCUAUGGUGUGUCGGGCGCAGGUGGAGCCUUGUGCACCAUUACUAUCCACACAUACAUGGGAGAGAUGGGCGACGUAAUGGAUGACAUCAGAAAGAAACAGGGGAAGAAACCCAGAAAGUUUCUGUUGUACAAUAUCUACUCGUUCACGCUGACAGGAGCUUUUAUUUUUCCAUUUUCUAUCAACUCGGUCAUGGCACAGUUUGAUAUAUCUCCCUACCACUGGCCUGGAUGGGUGCUAGCUGCUCUAACUGCCACUGUUGCCUCUAUCAGCCUUAUUGGUUUUGUUGAGACUCGCUCAAUUCCGCAAGCUAAAACUGCUUGCCCCUCCCUUACGAGCAUAAAAUUUAAAACCAAUCCACGAAGCCGGGAAAGGAAUAGCAAAAUUGCAUCCUAUAUGUUUCUGAUCGGCUGUGGAUUCCUUAUUGGUAUGGGUUACACUAUUUUCACCAGCCUCAUUACUCCUGUUCUGAGUGAUCAGUUUGGGUUCACUGUACAGUACAUAUCCUAUUUCUUUCUUGCAACAUCAGCUACCUACUUUGGAAGCAGUUUAGUACAGUUAGGGGCCAAGUUGGCAGGUGUUGGUAACAGGAAUAUACUGGGAUUGAGUCUUGUGCUGGUUCUGGCUGGAUCUCUCCUGUUUGGUGACUGGCAGUCCAUUGGACCUGACCCCUGUACCUCCUUCUUUUUAAAUGCCACUGAGAGAGACUGUGGGGAGAUAUCCCCUGUCUCUGGAUCUGGUAGUAGAGCAGGAGACGAGGCAUUCCCAGUAGGACUCUCUGCUGCCAACACAACAGCUGUCCAGGAGCUGGUGGAAGGUUGCCAGGCUCUCAGUGGGCCCAGUAAUGUCUGUUUCUGGAACCGACGCUCUCGAGUCACUGGAGAUUACUGCACUGAGUGUUUGGGGACUUGUCUGAGCACAGAAAGGUCUCAGAACAUCUACCAGCUGAGCGUGGCUGUCAUUAUCCUCUCCAUUGGUUCACCUCUGGUGUAUGUCUUUGUCCCUGCCAUUGCAUCAGACAUAACACCUAUCAUUUCCCAAGUUCAGCUAGCUAAUGGUCUUGUAGGCUUACUGUUAUGUCAACUUUUACAGGGGAGAAUAUCAAGCAUGAUGUUUGGUGUUAGUUAUUUUACAAGGACAGUUACCCCUUUCUGGUUUAUCAAGGCCUAUGAGGUGACAGGGAGACACACCUACUUUGCCAUGGCCAUUGUGUCUGGGUGUGCAGUACUACUCCUCCUGUCACUGCUGGCUCUCUACAAAAGGCUGGCUCCCAUUCCAAAGACAAAUGCCGUAGCCAUCAGUGCAACUGGGAAACUCAGUUUUGAGGUUACAAAAGAAGAUAAGAGGAGUAUGGAGGAGAGUUUCCCCCACCACAAUAUGGUGCUCAUCCUUUUGUUCCAAUUACUGGUUACGUCUGCCUACUCCCUAGCCAUACCCUCCCUUUACAAAUUCGUUACAACUCCAACCGAAUUGCCAGAUGAGCUGGUGUGCUCUGAGGGUGGCAAGUUCUGGCCUGGUCUAGGAGGAUCUGACUCUGACUAUGCCUGGGUAGUAAUGUCCUACAGCCUUUUUGGAAUGGUAGCUGCACCAGUCGCUGGGAUGCUCCUUCACCGACUUCCAUUCACCAUCACAAUCAUCUCCUUUAGUAUCCUCCUGGUUACUGGAGGAAUGGUGUAUGCUCUGGCAAGGUCUGUGUGGAUGGCAUUUGUUGGCUAUGGUCUGACUGGAGCUGGGGUAUCCUUUGGCACCAUUACUAUCCACACAUACAUGGGAGAGAUGGGCGACAUAAUGGAUGACAUCAGAAAGAAACAGGGGAAGAAACCCAGAAGUUUCUGUUGUACAUAUCUACUCGUUCACAUGACAGGAGGCUUUGUGUUACCAUUUUGGGCCAAGUUGGCAGGUGUGGUACAGAAUAUACUGGGAUUGAGUCUUGUGCUGGUUCUGGCUGGAUCUCUCCUGUUUGGUGACUGGCAGUCCAUUGGACCUGACCCCUGUACCUCCUUCUCCUCUAAUGCCACUGAGAGAGACUGUGGGGAGAUAUCCUCUGUCUUUGGAUCUGGUAGUGGAGCAGGAGACGAGGCAUUCCCAGUAGGACUCUCUGCUGCCAACACAACAGCUGUCCAGGAGCUGGUGGAAGGUUGCCAGGCUCUCAGUGGGCCCAGUAAUGCCUGUUUCUGGAACCGACGCUCUCGAGUCACUGGAGAUUACUGCACUGAGUGUUUGGGGACUUGUCUGAGCACAGAAAGGUCUCAGAACAUCUACCAGCUGAGCUUGGCCGUCAUUCUCCUCUCCAUUGGUGCACCUCUUGGUUUCACCUUUGUCCCUGCCAUUGCAUCUGACAUAACGCCUCUGAAUUCCCAGGGAAUAGUAAUAAGUGUGAUGCUCGGUGUUGGAUUAUUGACAAGAGCAGUCACCCCUUUUUGGUACAUUCAGAGCUAUGAGGUGACAGGGAGACACACCUACUUUGCCAUGGCCAUUGUGUCUGGGUGUGCAGUACUACUCCUCCUGUCACUGCUGCCUCUCUACAAGAGGCUGACUCCCAUUCCAAAGACAAAUGCCGUAGCCAUCAGUGCAACGGGAAAACUCGGUUUUGAGGUUGAAUAAUUUUAAUAUGGCAGUUUGUAAUUUUGCUGAAUCUACAAGUGAAAUGUUA